AUACAUCAACUGGGAAUAACUGGCCUUGCUCAGCCAGCUUCCUCCGCAGACUGCUACUUGGCUGUUGGAUCUUCUCCUUGGGGGCUCCACUCCCAGAAGUGAAUUUCAGGGGUCCCCAGGGCCUUCAAGGCCUCGGUUUUGCUCUGCUGCUCUUCUCUGCUGCCCCUUCUCUCGCAGGCAUGAGCCUGGCCCACGCCACUGUGCUCCUGUGGGCCUGGGGCAGUCUCCUGACCUUUGAGAUUGUGGAGAAGGAGAACAUCUUUCAGAAAACCCCCUGCCCAGCUUUCCUGAUGUUUGACAACGCAGCCUACCUGACCGACAUGAGCUUUGAGCUCCCCUGCCACUGUAAGCCUGAGGAGGUGCUGGCUGUGGUCUGGUACCAUCAGAAACACCUCGGCAGCACCCACACCCAAGUGCUGACGGACUUCGACGGGCGGGUGCUGACUGAGGCAGCGGCGCAUGUGCGUGUAGGCAGUGACAUGCUGGCCCGCUUCAGCAUCCGGAUGUUCAGUCUGCUGGUUUUCCGGGCCCAGCCCGAGGACUCGGGCCUGUACUUCUGCGGCACCCGCAAGGGGGACUACUUUUACGCCUACGAUGUGGACAUCCAGAGUAGUGAGGGCAUGGUGGCCAGCUUCAGGGACGAGGGCCAGGAGCCCUUUGAAGAUGAGUACCAUGGGGAUCUCCGUGUUUUCACCACCUUCUGGGAGUGGACCCCCUGUGACCGCUGCGGGGUGCGUGGGGAGCAGUGGCGGAUUGGCCUCUGCUAUCUCCAGAGCCCAGACCUCUCCCCACGCUACCGCCAGACGCUGCCCAACGCGGUGUCCUGUGGCUCGCAGGCGGUGCCCCGGAAGCUACGAGCCAGGGCCAAGCACCACACGCCCGAGCUGCUGGUUCGCAGCUGCCUGGUGUCCUGCGAGAGGAGGCAGACGGUCCACCUGGGCCUACUGGCCAUCUUCAACUACGUGUCCAAGGCGGGCCGCCGGCCCUGGGUGCCCCAGGUGCCCAUCCAGUUCCACCAGCAGAUGCUGGGCCACGGGCUCCUCAUCUCCUGCCCUGGCGCCCGGCCAGAGCAUGCCGUGGCCUGGGACAAGGACCGCCAGCAGCUGUACCGCACACAGUACCUGAAGGAUGUCAACAGGUCCAUGCGGGUGUUCAUUGACCACGGCAACCAGCUGCACAUCCGCUUCACCCAGCUGAGUGACCGGGGCAUCUAUUACUGCUGGCGCCAGGGGGUGCGGGUCGCCGGGUUCCGGCUGGCUGUGAAGACCCGAGGGCACUACCACGCCUCCUUCUCAGACCCCGAGACUCGCGCUGUCCUGCAACUCAUCCUGCUGGGCUAUGCCCUCAUCACAGCCACCUUCGCCACGGUUCACCUCUGUCGCUGCUGCUGUUACUUUUUUCGCUGUUGCCCCAACCUCUCCCCCUAGGCUCUCUCGUCCCCCGCUCGGAAGCCCAGCUGUGCUAAGACAUCUUUGUGCCAUCA